UGUUCAAAAUAAAACAAAUCAUAUGUAACGCUGUGUUUUUUGUGGUAUUUAGAAAAAGUUUGUCUCUGGCUAAAGAAGCUAGCAUAUUCUGCAAGAUGAUUCGCAGUAAUGUGUUAUUAGGUUUUGUAUUGAUUAUUAUUUCUGUGCGUACGGAAAAUCCGACAUUAUAUGGAUUGCCAGAACAUCUAAUUCCAUUAUUACAACUUUUAAAUUCUGAGCAAACAUCAAGACCUAUAGCACAUAUUUUGUGGCAAGUGCUACAAACACAAUUUCAACGAAAUGAUUUAAAUUGUAGUUCAUUUUCGCGUAAUUUACGUCAUUGCAUUUGCAGUACAUAUCAGCAAAUAGAUGACAUAGAUGAAUUGUCGGUUGAGAUGGACACUAGUAACAUCAGCAUACUGACAGUUAGUUCGACGUCUAAUAACUCAUACUACCACUUAAACACCAGUUAUAAUGGUUUACAUAGUUUUCCGGGUAAUAUAUGUGAUUUUCCGAAAAUUGUUCUAAUGGAUUUAUCAUUCAACAAAAUUAAAGACAUCGAUCUUGUAUCAUGCAUUACAUUCUUAGAUACGUUUAUACUACAUCAUAACCUGGUGGAAUACCUCAGUAAUACAACAUUUCUUCACUUGAAAUUCAUUCGUGUAAUUGACUUGUCUCAUAACCGACUAAAAUAUAUCGAGCCUGGAUUUUUAAUUAACAUGAAUGGAAGUUUGUUUAAAUUCGAUGUGUCUUACAACUAUCUUACUACCCUUGAUAUUACAAACAUUUUAUGGACACAACUCAUAUUUUGUAAAGCAAAUUUUUCACAUAAUUCUAUAAAUUCUUUUACGAACAUACUGAAUUGGAAAAGUCAAGACAAUUCCGUGUUUUCUAUUCACGGAGUGCUGGAUGCAUCGUUUAAUAACUUAAAACACUUUUCAAUGUUUAAUGAAAAUGGUCUUAACCUUAAACAUGCAGGAAAACUGAAUUAUUGGGCGAUAUUCGCAAGGAAAAAUCCUUGGAUUUGCGACUGUAAAGUAUACCCGUUUGCCAAAUCACUUGAAAUUUUUGUUGCAUUGUUUCAUCAAUUAAACUUUUUCAUGAAUUGUGAUUCGCCACGCCAACUAAAAAAUAAAACAUUUUUUGAAGUCAUAGCUGCUUCUGAGCUUGAUCAAUUAGUAUGUAACCUGUCAUUAGCUGAGUGGUGUCCACUACAAUGCCACUGUUUUUAUCAACCUGCUGUAGAGAAUAGAACAGUGGUUGAUUGUUCUGGAUCCAGACUAACAAGGUUUUAUUCAGUUCUACCUUUAUAUGGAAAUUUGGAAAUUGAUUUUUCAAAUAAUAGCUUAAGAAAUUUGAAUAUGAUUGAACGGAGUAAGUUAGAUUAUUUUAAACGGAUAACAAAAAUUGAUCUUUCAAACAACAACAUUGCAAUACUUUCAAAUAUAGCGCUUAAUAGGUUUAGAAAACUAAAACUAGUAAAUAUGAGAGACAAUGAUAUUAAAAAGAUUCCACGUUCUUUACAGAUGUUGAAGCCAUGUCAGAUUUCAUUGGGAAACAUUAUUAUGAAAUGUACAUGCGACGAUGUUUGGUUAAAAAUAUGGUUACCGUUACAAUACCAAAACUGCGCGAACAGCACACAGGUUUUAUGCAAUAAUGAUGGACUGCUUCGUUCUAUUACUGAAAUAGAAAAAGAAGAUCUUGGCUGCUCAGCGUCAGUUAUAAAUGUUUCAUUGGUAAACAGUUCGAUAUGUGCGGCAUUUUUUGCUGUAAUUACAUGUGCAAUGAUUAUAUACAAGCUUAGGUUUGAACUAUUCAUAUUAACAAGAACAGUUAUAACUUUCUUCAGGAAUCCGUUAUCACCAACCUCGGUAAUACAUGACAUAUAUAUUUCUUCCAAUGAAGAUGAUGAACUAAUUCGUAAAUGGUUGUUAGCUUCUUUAGUUCCUUGCCUUGAGAAAAAAGGUUUCGAUGUGUUUCUAUUUUUCAGGGACGGUACAAUCGGAGAACCUCGGGAGCAAGAGACGAUUGACGUCAUUUCAAAAAGUCGCAAUUUUAUAAUACUUCUUAGUGACGAUACAAAAGGAAAUCAACAAUGGAACAAGAGAGAAUGGAAAUAUGCAUGGAAUUAUUACAAGUGGGACUUUAGUCGAGAACUAAUCAUCAUAAAUUACGAUUUGCUUACAUAUGAUGAUGUUGUCAAACAUUUCUUCAGAGGAUUUUUCACUCUGAGAAAAGUCAUAGAUUUCUCUAAUUUUAACAAUAGCAUUGAAGAAGAUAUCGUUGCGCUACUGAAAUAACGUCAUUUCAUCGGACAUUGCAAUUUGUUUUCAAUUUUUAAACACAUUGCGUCUAAUAACUCUUUUAAUGCCAUUCAUUAUGUAAUAAUAUCAGAUCAAUUAUAUUAUUUAUCAAUAGCAUAAAAAUCCAAUGUACCAUUAUGAUUUUUUUUUGUAUUAUUUGAAAAUGGAGACAAUAAGUCCUUAUGCUACACUAUAUGAAAUACUUUUAUAGGUUAUGUUAUACCAGUUCCUAUUUCAAGUUAUCAAUGUCAUGAUUCAUCUUCGUCAUCAGCAAUUCCGAUAUGUAUUAUAGGAUAAAACGCCUUUUUUAAGGAAUUUAUUGGUGUAUAAACUGGACCAAUUCACUCACAAACAAGAUGAUGAUGUGUUUGUGAGUGACUUGGUCCUGUUUAUACACCAAUAAAUUCCUUUAUAAAUGCGUUUAAUCCUUAUCAUUCUUUAAAAUUGGAGAUAAGGAAUUUAAUUUCCCCACUCGUAACCUCUAUCACACGUAAAUUGUACAUUUGUGUCAUUGAAAUGGCCUUGCGCAUGAAUAUAUUUUUUGGUUAACGCAAAAAAAUGUACUCCAUGAAAUUGGUAUCUGAUAAAAAAUAAACUACAAAAAUAUCAAAUGAAUGUUUUGUGUUUAUUAUUUAAUUUAACGAUGAGCGCGAAGUGAAAAUAAAUAUUUUUAACAUC